AUACGGGAUGAACAUUAUAUAAGCCAACAGUGAACGUUUGUGGGUGAUGAAUGAUUUGGAAGUGGACAUGGAAACUGACUGAGAGUAUUUUUCUAAAUAAUUUCGAUUUAAAGGUUAUAUAAUUUGCGGCGUAGGCUCGUAUUAUUUGCAUAUUCUUGCGCUAUGCUGUAGGUUGUCCUGAAGGAAGGGGGAUCAUACAUUUCAUCAUGGCCGGUGAACAAAAGGUAACCGUUAGUUUUUUGGUGGACAAGGCGAAGAAAAGGGUGGUGCUGGCCGAAGCGGACAGCGACUUUGUAGACAUGCUCUUCAGCUUCCUCACCCUGCCACUGGGAACCGUCGUCAGGCUCCUCAACAACCAAUCUAAUUUUGGAUGCAUGGACAAAUUGUAUGGGAGCGUCGAGACUCUUGAUGUGCGCAAUUUCCAGACUGAGGCAUGCAAGACCAUGCUUCUCUUCCCUCAAAGCGCUGCAGCUGAACGAUGCGAAGAUCUGAAAGUAAAUAUUGAUAGCACGGAGCCUAAGCCGAGGCUUGCCUAUGCUUGUCGAAAGCCCGAUUGUUGUUCCAAGGCCACCUGCUUGGCUAGCUCUGUUUCGAAUGCACGGUGUCCUCACUGCCGAGAAACUAUGGAUUCACCUAAAACGUGGGCUAAAGGGGAUGUGCAAUUUGUCAAGAGUGGAGAUAAGUUUAUGAUUACCGAUGACCUUCUUAUAAGUCUAUUUUCUAUGGAGAAUUACCUGUCUUUAAUUCAGAAACUGGGAGUAGAAGAUGCAUGCAUUCUCGAGGAGAAGGUUAUGGAUCUU